GACACCAACAGCAACAAGACACCACAGAUCAACUGCUUUUAAAAGACAAAGAUGGACAGCAGACUUCCACCACCUGAGUCAGAGGAGCCAGAGCUGAGGAUCGUGCUCGUUGGAAAGACUGGAGUUGGAAAGACUUCAACCAUGAAUACCCUCCUGGGGAGACCUGGUAUGACUAAGUCAUCGGCUUCCUCGCAGACAACAGAGUGCAUAAUAGAGGAAGGAGAGUUUGAUGGACGAAAACUGGUUGUUAUCGAUACUCCAGGUGUGAUGAACACCAAAAGAACACGAGAUCAGGUGAAGGAAGACAUUGUGAAAUGCAUCACAUAUGCUGCUCCUGGUCCUCAUGUGUUCCUGUUUGUGUUGAAGCCAGAAGCUUUCACAACAUAUGAUAAAGGUGUAGUGGAAAUCAUUCAGAGGAUUUUUGGUAAAGAGUCCAAAAAUUAUACUUUGGCCUUGUUCACCUGCAGAGAUGAAGGUGAACUUGAUGACGAAGACAUACAGGGAAGUUUCAUCAGUAAAAACGUUGUGGGACACCAUUCUUUCGACAAUACAGGCAAGAGGCCCACCAACCAAGUGGCUGAGCUACUGGAGAAGAUUGACAAAAUGGUUGAAAAAAACAACAGAGGGCAUUACACCAACAAAAUGUUCAAAAUGGCACAGAAAGUCAAAGACCAGGAAAUAAAGACAGUACAACCUAAUGGCAUGACAGCACAAGAUAUUGUGCGUGAAACCGCUACUGCUAUUUUGACUGGGACCGUGGGCGAGCCUUUGGGAGGUUUGGUGCUGGAUGCCGUUGAAUAUGUGACAAGGAAAGUUUUUGAAUUCAUCACAUGGUGAAUCACACGGUCCAUAAUAUGCUGAAGAUUCACCAACAUUGAGAAAAAAAAAAGGAAUAGGGAAAUCAUAGUGGUAGAGAGGUGUUAUAUUUUUUACAGAGAGAAUUAUCAUAUGUACAUUUUUCUAAAGGCUACUCAUUGUAUGUUGUGAUACAUGGAGCGUGAUUUAAAACUACUGAUUGUGUAAUUUGAAUGCUUAGAAUUCAACAAAGAUGCUGCAGACAAGAGACCAACAGCUCAUGAAGUCUUCUGUCCCUGGAGUUAUUCUAGUAAUCAACAGGAGUAAAACUCACUGUAUACUUACAUAAGUAGGUGAAAUUUAAAAUAAUUGACAUGUUGCGGAGUAAUGCCUUAACACCAAUGGGAAGUUGUGCUUUUACAAUGUUCUAUCUUUCUUUCAGCAUUAUUACUAUGGUUAGUGGGGAAACCUAACUGUACAUAAUGACAUCCAGCUGUGUAUUAGUAUAAAUUACCUUGAUAUAAUGUGCAACACCAAAUACAAUUUGAAGGAAACAUAAUAUCACCCAGAAAGGAAACAUGUUUUUAAAUGAUUAUUAAAAUGUUGACUGACAAUGUAUUUAAUUAGUUUUCCUAAGAUAUUGGUUCAGGUUAGAGAAAGAAAGAUUGUUAUCUUGUUAAAUAUGUUUUAUGUUGUCUAAACUUAACUUCACAACUCCAACUGGGAGAAACAUUUUCAGUUAACAAAAUCCAGGCAGAAAUUGUGUUCCUUUCAAAGUGUAUUUGGCAAAAGCUUUUGGUAGGAGACAGGAUUGUGACAUCACUGGAAAGUACAUGUAAAUACAUAUCAGAUGUGUUUGUUACCCUAACCCUGAGUGAGAGGACGUUCCUGCAGUAGUUCCUGCCCCCAAAAAGUAACAGGAACUUCUUCAGUGGAAACGGGCCUAUUACUUCAGACGCUCAGUGCUAGUGGGACCUCAAUGGUUAAACAUGAUUUUAAACAACUGAUGAAUGUGCUGUUAUCACAACUACAAACCCACCCAGUCUCUGGUGAGAUUAAAAUGAAUAUAUACGAAGGCCAUGUAUCUACUGCAUGCAAGCUGUAAAGUUGGCUUCAUCUGCUUUCAAAGUGUAUGCCAGUUUGAUCUUUUGCACAUGUACAUGUGAACGUGCUUAUCCUUUUAUGUGUACAAUGAGAAUGAGCUGAGGUUUUGACAGUUUCCAAAUUACCACUUAAAAUUUAGACUAAUCCUUCACUGACAUAAAACACCAUUGUGUGAUAUCACGGUGUAGUCUCAGACUAUAACUGUAGUUUCAAUGUGGCUGGAAACAUUUGUUGCAUGUCAUCCACCCACCCUUUGUUCCCAUGUGUCCUGUUGUCU